AUGGAUGUAUUGGAUAGGGAUAGUUUGAGAGUAGGUACCGGUACUUUGUUUGUGGAUGAGGUGUAUGUGAGAUGCAGAUGUGUGGAUUUGGAUUUGGAUGUAUGGAAUCCUUGUAAAUGGCUUGCUUUGCUUGGGUUUGAAACAAUGUUUAUGUAUGGAAGGGAAGGGAGGCGAGGGAGGGAUAGGGAUAGUAUGUUAGAUGUUGAUGUUGACGUUGGAUGUUAA